CCGCCUGGCAGAAACGGCCUGCAUAGCAAACACAUCACAGCGAAAAGGAUCAAAAGUGCUAAAGUUGGUGAGUUGAACAGCAGCAUCGAUUGACAAACGGUAGUAGAAUUUUUGAUUCCACAAUUUCGUGCAAUCCUGGCAGGCGACGGAUAGUGAAAUACAAAAUUUAGCUUUGCGUUUCGCUCGAAAAUAUAGAAAGUGUUACGUGAAUCGCGAAUUUCGGAAAACCGGGUCAAAGACACGGAUUAGUUCGGUCGGUCGGAAGUGAUUAAAAAACGAGUGUGAUCCUGUGAAUUUAGUGGAAUUCAUCGCGGUAAAAACGGAAUAAAGCUAUAUUUUUAGCAGGUCAUCACCUUCCACAUCGUCUCCUAGCAGAUCGAACAGUAAAACCCGCAGCAAAAUGAGUGACCGUAAGGCAGUGAUCAAGAAUGCCGACAUGGGCGAAGAAAUGCAGCAGGAUGCGGUGGACUGUGCGACACAGGCACUGGAAAAGUACAACAUCGAAAAGGACAUUGCCGCCUAUAUCAAGAAGGAGUUCGACAAAAAGUACAACCCCACCUGGCACUGCAUCGUCGGUCGAAACUUUGGCUCCUACGUCACGCACGAAACGCGCCACUUUAUUUACUUCUACCUGGGACAAGUCGCCAUCCUUUUAUUUAAGAGCGGUUAAAUUCGAGUACUAGGAUCUUUCAUAAGUAGCGCGUAUUUGUUGUAUACAGAGAAAAGAGCAGCAGAGCAGAGGAGGUGGAGGAUGCAAAUCGAGCAGCAGCAGCAAGCAGUAGCAGCAAGCAACCGCAAAGCAGGAACACAUUCUAUUUACUAUUACUUCUACUAUUAUUAACGAUUAUUAUAAAAAAAACCAAUGCCCAUCAACCAAACCGACGACGUCAGUGAAAUGCACCUGGACAGCAACGAGGGCAGCUGAGACUGGACACGGCUGUAUGUGUGCGUGUGAUACCCGGACUACGAUGGCUGUGGUAAAAGCGUGGUCCGGGUCAACUAUUACAAAUCAGCGUAGUAAACAGAAAACAGCACUUCGGGUUGAGGUUCGAUUUGUAGUUUUUAAUCACUUUCCGAACCAUAUAUAGCAAAAUCAAAUAAGACGCUAAACCUUUUUGGAAUGAAACAUCUUAUAAAAGCACUUUAGCGAAAAGAAAAGUAGAUAAUUGAUGAUGAUUUGAUUACAAGUAAAAUCUUUGAUUGAUAAACUGAAUUAAUCCUGGUUAGAGCAAAUUUACUUUGUAAACAUACAUACAAAUUAAAACUAAAUGCGUUAAAAUGUUGUGUUCUUUUUUAGAGUCACUUUAUACAAUUAAUCGCCGGUCCUGAUUUACCCUGUGAACUAAUUAAUGAAACGGAACGCUAAUAAAUGAUGAUAACCAUGGUAUACAGAACGGCGCCCGAAUGUUCUUUCUUUUAUUUUGUGAUGGUGUUUACGCACUUUGACGAAUUGCAACUUAUCAAGAAUGGACACUGUCGUGAUACAACAUGUUAAUUGAAUAGUUUUGUUCUUUAUUCGUCCCGUUUCGACACAUUCGACCCUAUCUCGUUGUUUGAGACCAAAAUGUAAAACUCGCCUUUCUAUACCAAUUGUGGUAUGUGUUCUCCCUUGAAUCGUUCGAAAGCGUCCUGUCGUUUUGUCAGUGUAUGUACGUGUGUAUCAUUACCGAUAACAAAAGGUAAAAAUAAAAAUGAAAAUCAAUUUUGUGCAACUUUAUGACGAAUCCAUCAUAUUCAUAACUCGUCCAGCAACUGAACGACGGUUCGAAAGUUUUGUGCGUCAAUCAGUUAAAAUUUUGCAAAUAAAUAGACUACUCACAAACACGCAUUCACACGCAGGUUACAAACCAAUAGCUAUAGUAAGAGCAUCGAAUACCGAGGUCAGGAAACAGUGGAUUGAUUUUGGACAGCCACAGCAACAAACUGCGAGAGAUGGAAGAGGAAGUUUUCUCAAUAAGUAUUGCUUUUGACAGAACGAAGAAUAGAUUUAUUUUAUACAGUGACUCAAUAAGCACCCAGUCAGUGACCGUAGAAAAUCAGAAACCACGCGCGUGAUCACUUCACAAUUUCUUUCCAAAGAACCGUCGCAGUGCCGACAAAAAACGUUCAGAUAAAAUUAUCAAAAAUAAAAACAAUUUUACGAAAAAUACUGCACAUGCCGAUGUUCAAACGAUUAAUUUAACCGCAGAAAACGUUAAGAAAAAUCCAACAGAUUUGAAUUUACCCAAUCAAAUCAAUUUAUGUACUUCUCAUUAGCUAUUAUAUGAAUGGAAAUAUUACAGUAUUUUUGUGUAAAGAAAACAAAAUGCAGUGAAACAAAAACAUGCCGAACACUCAUUGGAGAUAGAUGCUAUUAAUUGAAAACUGAAUCGUAUAAAUAAAAGAAAAAAAACAGGAAACACAUUU